AGCCAAUCGGCGGCUGCGGAGUCCCGCGGGCCGCGGGCUGGGACCGCUGAGCCGCGAGCCGGGAGCCGAGCGCGCCGGGCUGGGGCCGGGGCCGGAGCGGAGCGGAGAGGGAGCGCGCCCGCCCCAGCCCCGAGUCCCGCCGCCUUCCCUCCCUCCGCAGCGCGGACCCGCGGCCGCCGCCCCAGCCAUGGAGCAAGACAACAGCCCCCGGAAGAUCCAGUUCACCGUCCCGCUGCUGGAGCCGCACCUUGACCCCGAGGCGGCGGAGCAGAUUCGGAGACGCCGCCCCACCCCUGCCACCCUUGUGUUGACCAGUGACCAGUCAUCCCCAGAAGUAGACGAAGACCGGAUCCCCAACCCGCUUCUCAAGUCCACUUUGGCAAUGUCUCCACGGCAACGGAAGAAGAUGACAAGGAUCACACCCACAAUGAAAGAGCUCCAGAUGAUGGUUGAACAUCACCUGGGGCAACAGGAACAAGGGGAGGAGCCCGAGGGAGCCGCUGAGAGCACAGGGACCCAGGAGUCCUGCCCACCUGGGAUCACAGGUGCCGGAGCGGAGUCAAGGCUGGGCACCUCUGGGACAGCACAAAAGCCUGCAGAAUCCAUCCCUAAAACUCAGGGGAGGGGCAGUGAGAAGCCCAGCACAGAGGAACCCUCAACCCAUAUACCACCAUUGGAUUCCCAGGGGACCAACUCGCAGGUCUGAGAGAUGAGGAGGUCCUGGAAUCAAGACUGCAGUUGGGAAUGCAUGGACACUGGAUCUCUUUCUUAUUUCUUCACUUUUGGGGAAAUUUUGUUUUUAAAAAGUGAUAAAUUUGUUGUUAGGUC